AUGUGUCAACCAUCCAAGACUCAUACGCCAGACGAGUACGUGAUCAGUAUCACCCACCACAAUAAGCAGCAACCAGGAUACCCAUCGCCAUCCCUUCACAGCAGCCAGGAAGCUACCAGCAACAGGGCCCACGGCUGGACCAAGAAACCAUCCAGACAGACUACUACCGAUGACGCCCGCGCAACAUGGCUCACCAACCUGAUCAAAGAAGCCGACCAAUGCACCAACGAACUGCACCCAGUGCUAAAAGAAUUCCAACAUCUCAUCGAAUCCAACCAACGCAUCUACAUGCUCUUCCAAUCCAUGUGGGGCCAAGCCCAGGAACAGGCUCCCAAUCUGAACCGCAGCCAUGAAGUCCAAGACUCUCAACAAAUGCUCCAAGUCCUCAACUACAUCAUCACGCACGCGCCUCCCUACAAUGACAACGACAAUCUAACCGGAUGCCCCAUGGUCGGGCUAUUCCAAUACGCUAUGCCGACUAUUAGCGGCUACGCUGUGUUCAUUGAUCCGGAGGUCAACGCCAUGCUCAAAAAGGUGCUGGAUGUGUGGGGGCAGUUCCUCUCAUCGUCUGAAUCGGUCUCGGUGCUUGAUACGUCAUCCUCCGGCUGGUUCAGUGACGGCGCUAUGCGCAAACUAGUCACCACGGCCAAUGUCGGUGGCACAAGCUAUGCGUUCGAUGAGCUUUACAUCGGCGACCGCAAUGCCCCAUACUACGGCUUCCCGUCUUGGGAUGCGUUCUUUACGCGCCUGUUUCGGGAGAAUAUCCGGCCCGUUGACUCCCCGGAUGACGAUACUGUUAUUGCCAAUGCAUGCGAAUCCCAACCCUUUGCUAUUGCCCGGAAUGUGAAAGCUCGGGAUAACUUUUGGAUUAAAGGGCAGACAUAUUCCUUGGUUGAUAUGUUGGGGGCGGGGUUUCCGGAUGCCUUUGUCGGUGGGACUAUUUAUCAAGGAUACCUAGAUACGUUUAGUUAUCAUCGGUGGCAUGCUCCUGUUUCUGGGAAGGUUGUCAAGACGUAUAUGCUUGACGGGACUUAUUUCUCGACUCCAAGGGCUAUAGAUAGGGAUACUGUCGGUGUCAAUAAAGGGGGGGAGAUUGAUUAUCAAGUAUAUAUAUCGGCAAUGGCAACGCGAGCGGUGGUCUUCAUUCAGUCGGAAGAUCCGGAUAUCGGCCUGGUGGGCUUUCUGGGGGUUGGUAUGGUUGAGGUAUCAACGUGUGAGAUUACUGUGAAGGAGGGGGAAUAUGUCCAAAAGGGGGAUCAGAUUGGGUUGUUCCAUUAUGGGGGAUCGUCUCAUUGUGUCAUCUUCCAGAGGGGGGUGAAUGUUACGGGCUUUCCAGAAGUUGGAAGGAGGGAGAACGUGCCUGUUCGGGGGAAAUUGGCCAUUGUGAAGCGAUAG